GUGGUCCACUCAAGAUUGAUGGCACCGAGCUGAGUGUGGAACAGUGGACCGUAAGUGCAUGGUUGCUUAAGUAUAGAGAUUUCAGUACGUCUUCCUAGUUCAGAUAUGAUCUAGUUCAGAUAUGAUCUAAAUUACGAUUAACAUUUUUACAGCGCAAAUUUACAUGUAGAUAUGAUCAAAUGCUCUUUAUAUCAAAUACUAUACACUUACCUAAUUACAUACCUAUAGCCUAGACUAUUUUAUCUUUACAACAAUUGUACAAUUGUGAUAUUACUUUCUUAACUGUGUUUAUCCUAACCCACCCUGUCAACUUUCCCUGUGGGAGGAAACCGGAGAAAACCCACGACUUUCGGCAGAGCAUUGACUGACUCUUUUCACACGAGUCCAUAGCGAGAAUCCAACCCACGAUCUCAGAGGUGAAAGGCGUUUGCUCUGACGACCACGCCACCGACGCCUCAUCGGGUAUAACCCAAUAGGUUCAAGUGUGGGUGUGGAACGUCAGGAAAACUGAAUGUAUGAAUAUGCUUUGUUAUAAACAGCUGCAACACGGUGUUUGGUUGCACAGUUGUUAGUACAUGUGCACUUCGCCUUUUCGAUCAGGGUUAUAUUUCUGCAAUAAGUACUUGCCUGAUUAUAAUUUCAACGUCAUAAAUUCAGAGCUUAGAUAGUUUCCAGUUUGACUUGACCAGACAACAUAUAUUUUCCCUGAGUACCUCUGUUUCCUACUGUUAUAAUAUAAGAUCAUUAAGGGACUACCUGCACUCGAUCACUAGAGAGAACAGUUCAGACCUGAUGAUCUACCAGUGUAAGUUAGAUAUUAUUCUACAUAUAGGCGUCAACACAUGCCAGCCCUGAACGUGUUUCAAACGCCUGGUUAGCAGAUGGGUCUGUACUACAUAACAGUACGCAUAGGAAAUAUCGGAGUAGAAAUGAGAACAAAUGGCUUCGAAAAGGCGCCCGUCAAAAAAAGAUUAAUACCUGUCGAGGCUUAACUCCUGGCCAAGCUACCACGCUAAAAUCACCGUUUAACGAAACGAAAGUGAAACUAAAUGAUGAUCUUGUGAAAAAAAUGCAUAAAAAAGCUGAAUUGAAGGAAAUUGUGGAGAAGGGAGAAGUUAAACUUGAUACAAAAGGUGGGUAUUUAACUGGCACGUGGAAUGCAAUUCAUGCUGUCGGACAGAGGCUUAUAUCUAUUCUUUCUGGUUCUGAUCAAACUGAAAAUAAUUAUGACACAGCAAACAAUUUCACAUUUUCCUCUACCAUCAACGACCAACCAGGUGCCUCGCCUGAAGCAAUUGACCCAUCAACGGUAACUGACCAACCUGCGGGUACUCUAUCUACACCACAAAGUAAACAACCGGACGAGUCGUUUACUGUCAGCUUGCUAUUUCUCCGCUACAUCAUGGCAUAUCAUUAUGAAGUAUUUCUAAAGCUUGAAAGUGUCUGCAAAGAAAUCAGUUUUGAAGUGAAGUCAAAGACGGAGAGGAAUUUGAAGCUCACUCCCCGCGAAGAUGUGGAUCCAAACAAAUUUUCAAAAGCAGUCAAUAAGUUCAUUGACUUCUAUCAAGUUCAAAACCAAAAAAUGCUGCAACAGGAUAUCGCAAAGCUGCCAAAGGAUAAAAUGGACGUUCUUUCAGAGGCUCGUACCAAAUUUUCUGUGGUUAUUGAUUCAGCUCAGGAGCUGGAUAAAAUAACGAUCUACGGUGAAAAAGAUAACGUUGAAGAAGCGUACAGGUUCUUCCAAAGCAAAGUUGGUGUUCUUAAUCCUGGACCUGGUAGUAGCAGUUCUUCAAAAGGGAAAACGGCAAACGUUGCUCUGUCUGAAACGUUUUCAUCCGAUUUAUCCGAGAACCUGAAAUUAGUUGUUUACCAAGGUGAUUUAACCAAAGAAAAUGUUGAUGCGAUCGUGAACCCAGCCAAUGAUCACCUUCAACACGGAGGCGGUGCAGCCGGGGCGAUAGUUAAAGCCGGGGGGAGAUCAAUUCAAGACGAAAGUGAUGACAUCAUGAGGAAAAGAGGCAAACGUCCUCUUCAGCCAGGAGAAGUCGAAUUAACAGCCGGAGGGCGACUUCCUUGUAAAUUUGUUGUUCACGCAGUUGGUCCUGUCUGGAAUCGUCAUCCACCAAAUACAGCUAUGCAACUGUUGGCUAACGCUGUUUUCAACAGCUUAUGUCUGGCUUGUCGUAAUGGUGCGAGAAGUAUCUCAAUCCCAGCUAUCGGUUCAGGUUUAUAUCAAGUGCCCGUGGAUGUUUGCGCACGAGUUCUGUUCGAGACGGUUGUUCAUUUCGCAAGUAAGGCAGACAAGUCGAGUUCUCUGGAGGAAAUUCAUUUUGUCAACAUUGACUCUUCGACAAAUCGUAAAUUCGUACAAGAAAUGGAGAAGAGAUUUCACGGUUCCCUCAAGCGAGAAAAGGUCGAAACGAGUCUCUCACAUAAUACUAAAGAACAAGAAAGACAAACGCAGAUUGGACAACAGCGGAUGGCUUUUACAACGACAAAGUCUGAGACCAAUUCUGACAGGGGUCGGACAACGAAUGUCACCCACAGGGGCAGCAAUCAUAACAAUCACAUUGGCGAUAAUAAAGGUACAGGUAAGUGGGGGUGCAUUCCUUGAAUGUUAACAGUUAAAACAACCCUACUGUAAUUGUAAUUAGGAAAUAGCGAAGUGGGGCGGGGCGGGGGUGUUCAUCAAUAAAUGUCGAAAACAUUAUUUUUUUAUUUUUAGCCGUUUAUAUAUUAUGGUACUUUUCUGAUUCUUAUUUAACUGUGGCUUUUAAUAUCCUCGUAAUUCUGAUUUUAAGUUGGAGAGGGAUUACAAGCUAUAUGCAUACAUAGUCAAUAGAAAUUGCAAAUCCAAAGCAUUUUAAUGUUCGAGCAAAAGUAAAAAAGAGACAUAUUUUGUCUUUAACCUGACGAUCAUUUAAAUAUAUAUCAAACUUCGUGAUGGCUUUUUUAUGAAAUGUGGAUUUAGGCGCACUUCUUAAUUAUUGUAUUUUUCUUUUGUUCUGCUAUCUUCAAUUUCCCAAACUUAGGAGCACGUCCGCCAGAUGACAAGCCUCUACUUCUCAGCUAUGCUGGAGCAGCCGCAGGAAAAAAUACUGAUACAGAUCAUGGUAAGCAAUUUUGAGUUUUAAAAACCAAGAGCUAUGGCUGCAUAAGAACUCAUAAGACUGUGUAACUGUUGAUCGGUUUUAUGUUUCAUUAUUUCAAAGUAAGUUCAAGAACAGCUUUGCUGGCAAAUUUUUCUAACAAGUGGCGGACACUUGGAGAAAUAUGGCAGGGAGAGGGAAAUUUAGCUUGCUACCAUAAUACUAGCUUUUGUUUCUGAAAAUCUCAGUUCUUCCCUUAAUUUAAAUUUAAUCAAAUUUGCUCAAUUUAUGGCUUAGCAAUGCUUUCAUGGCUGUAAAUUGAUGUUACAGUUUUGUUACCAGCUACCAUCCAAAGGCUUUCAGAAAUUGCGAGGGAGAGGGGGGUGUUGCCAUCCCUUUCACCCCCUCGUGUCCGCCAAUGAUUCGAAUGGGACUUACACACAUAUAGAUAUUCAUAUGUAGUGCUAAGACUGACUACUGGACUACGACACUUAAAAUUUAUCUUGCAACUUUCAAAGAAUACACUCACUCGAUUGAAUAAUAGUUGAAGGUUUUAAUAAAUGUAUGUAAAUUUCCACUCGAUAAUUUCCAUAAACAAUGUAUUAUUGUGUUUAUCCGUUUAGUGUGAUCAACGUUUUUCUAAAAUUGAUUUAUUUUCAGAUUCAAAACCUGGAGCUGAUAACAAAACGUCGAAAUACGACGAAUGUUCCAUUUGUUUAAGUGGAUUUACUAAAAAGAAAUCUUUGGAUAAAUGUGGCCAUUCAUUUUGUACCAAGUGCAUCGACAAAGCAUUUGAAGUGAAGAAGCAAUGUCCAAUUUGUUCCAUGGUGUAUGGUCCCUUAACAGGCAACCAACCGAAAGGAAAUAUGUAUGAUAGUUUUCAGUCAACAUCUCUUCCUGGUUUUAAAUCGUGCGGCACUAUUGUUAUAUCUUACCGGUUCCCAAGUGGGAUCCAAUGCCAAGACCAUCCUCAUCCUGGCAAACCAUACACGGGAACAAGCCGAACUGCUUAUCUACCUGAUAAUAAAGAAGGAAGAAAAGUUCUUAAGCUUUUACAGAAAGCAUUUCAGCAGAAAUUGACGUUCACAAUCGGACGGUCGACAACAACGGGAAGGGAUGAUUGUGUUACCUGGAAUGAUAUUCACCAUAAAACGUCAGAGUAUGGGGGUUCCACAGGGUAUGUAUAUAUUGUGUACAUUGUUCACCAUCCGUUUAAACAAACUUGACCUGAUAAAUGGACUCAACAGACGUAUGAAUUAUCUUAUGGUGAGAGGGAACGUGUUUGUGACAAAGAAAUUUUAUCGAAUACCAAAUUAUAAAAAACAUGAUGGAGCGGUUUAUUGCAGAACCAUCCUCCUCAGAGAUAUAAGAAACUAGUUUCAUCGCUCUACUCAUUGAGCUAUCGAGUCAACGGGGAUUAGUAGCGAGUCUUUUCCAAUUUAAGUGCACGAAAUAUGAUGGAGCAUGAUAUCAUCCGACAUCCUCCUUAACUUUGCGUUUACAAUGUAAUGUUAGGUUUAACAAUAGGUAGUAUAAUAAGUAUCAUAUAUUCCAUUCCAGCUAUGGUUAUCCCGAUCCAGAUUACCUGAAGAGAGUUAAAGAUGAACUGGCAGCGAAAGGGAUUAGAGAAUAAACAAUGUGGAAGUAUAUUGGUUAGAAUACGUUAGAGUAGCAUUAAGCCUGUAUUUCCUUUGUAUAAACAUUCUGAUAAACUGCUGCCAUAUCGUGACACGUUUUUAUCAUAUAAUCUAGUAAAAAUAAUGGUACUAUAUUGAAUUGCAGUAUAGGUAGUGAUGAACAAUAUUAACGAGGUUGGUAACUACUAGAAAAAUAUAGAAAACACUUCGACGUUUCGCGCGAAAGCCCUUCAUAUCUGGAAGUCUGGGUCUGCUCUGGGACUUCGCAUACAGCUCGUUUCCCACUAGGCGAAUUUGUUUGCCCGAAG